AUGAAACAAAAUGCCUUGAAUUUUUUACUGUUUGUUUUCUGUCUGCAAGUACGACAAAUCGUCGGUAGCUCAAGAACGUUCAAAGAACUUAUUUCAGAACCAACUAUUAUGUCUAGUAAGGACAGAAAAGCAAUACAACAUGCUGAUUUGCCGGUAGUGGAAGACUCGUUAUCGGUAACACUACGACUGAAUAUUCUGAAUAAUUUCCCUGAUUAUAUUUGCGUCUUUCGUAAAGCACCGCAUGUUCGCCUCUCGAUAACUGAUAACUCAAAUUUCGGGCUCUUGGCGGUCGGCGACGGGCUUACUCUGAACCAAUGGUACCAUCUAGUUUACACACUUUCUGAAUCAGAAAAGCGAUUGGAUUUCUACAUGGAUGGAAUAUGGGUCGGAUUCACGAGCAUCCAGAAUGUUCGGACGGAAAAAGUCGUAUUCAAUGAGGGACCUCUGUACAUCGGAAACGAUAACUUCAAUGAUGGAAUUACUGGCCAAAUUAGUAAUUUUCGUUAUUACAACUGGCGCUUAUCUGCUGAUGAGGUGACAGCAGAAUAUUUGAACUCAUCAAUGGCCAUAUCAACAACGUCUAAUCCAAAUGGAAUACCAACAACUUCUAAUCCAUCGAAUGAAAAUUUUACUAAAUCUAGCGCUAGUAAUGCUGCUAUUAUGGUUGGUGUAGAAAAAGAGUAUUUUAAGAAUCGCUUAGACAUUUUUUAUGAGGAUCCAACUGAUUGCCGAGUUAUGCUCUCGAACAAAAACAUUUUACCCAAAAAACAAAUGGCCGGACCAUAG